UACCGGAGUUAUGCUCAUGAAAUUUGAACUGAGCAUUCAAGAGACGUGGAAGAACCUCAAGAUCAAUGAAAUCGAGUUCAUGAUUUCCAAGUCGAUAUUCGUUGCUGACUUCAAUGGCGAACUCAGAGCCAACUUUGACCCGAUUUUCAUGACAUUCUUGAAGGAAAAUGAACGCCUGGCUAAAAUGGAUAUUCUCAUUCCAAGUGUCAACCAGUUCUUGAUCAAGCGAAAAGACUACUUUGUCGAAUACAGAGACACUGUCGAAAUGAUCCUAGCCAAGUACAACAAAUCCAUGCGCAGCAUUGUGCCCGAUCUUCGACGACUCUUCACACCCCACGUGAAUCGGAUCCGAACCAGCUUGGAACCAGGUUUGGCCGAGAUCAACUGGACCAACUACGAGUGGAGCGAGUUCACCGAUCGUUGCCUUGACGACAUCGAAAAUUUUGCUUACCUCAUGGGCCGAGCCAACGACAUCUAUAUCAACCGGAUCGAGAAACUCUUGGUCAGUAUGAACGCCAUUAAAUUGUACGCCUUGCCCGAGGAGCAGCCCUGGACAUUGGACAUCUUCCUCCGAGAGAUCAAAUCCACGUGCAAAGAGGCAGCCUCUGAUCUGCAUCGAAUCUCCCAAAUGAUUGAGGAUGGCGUGGAGAACUUGAUCAUCUUGGCCAUGCAAUCAUUGAACAUCUCUGAUCAACUCGAUGCGGAAGACCUCGCCUCAGUGGCAUCUUCCAUGCCUUCACCAGAUGAGAGUGGUGACGAUGACGACAGAAGUGGAGCCACUAAUAAACAUGGAGCUUCGGAAGCAAAACCAACAGCUACGAUGAGAUUCGGGAACAUCAGCGCCAAGAAAAAAUUCAAGAGCAUGAUGGACGAUGCUCAGAAGGACCUGGAAGGAAGUUGCAACACUCUUUCGGCGGCCUCCAAUCUGUUACAAGUAUUGGAUAAAAACAGUCAAAAUGCUGUGAACAAUGCCGCUAAGGAGUUGAGAAGAAAUUACUCCAAGAAAGUGGCCGAUAAACUAGCGACGUUGACGAAGACUUCUUUAAAGAUCUUGAGCAAGCAUUUCGCUGCAGCCUCAACCGCUGAAUCGAAAGACCAAGAUUUGGCUGAUGUGAAAAAUGUGAGCCAGAUCGUGUUUGUCUUGACCGCUCAACUUAGCAUGCCCGAGAUCGAGGUUAAGCCAUCCAUUGAUGAAGUACAAGGAGUUCUCGUGCAAGCCGCCAAAAUCAUCAUCAAUGUCUCCAAAGGCGUGGGUCAAUGGCGGAAAGGAAACAAGAAGAAAAGAAGCUCCAAAUUGGCUAAGAAAGAUGGAUGGGUGCCAAAUUGUGACAGUGGGAAAGAGAUGAAAUUGUGGACAUCGAAGAAGGACGAAAAACCUGUGGUGAUUGAAAAACCUUUUAACUUCUACAAACUUGUCUCAGAGAGCAAAGAGGUCACUAAAAUGUUUGCCAUGAUCUCGAGUUGCAUGCAAGGCAUCAAAUUGGAGUUCAACCAGUUCAGUCAAAUCUGGGAGAACUACAAAUACAUCUGGGAGGUAGACAGGGAGGACACCAUCUCCGUUUUCAUAAAGAUGAAGCCAGUUCUCAAAGAUUUUGAGAAUGAGCUCCACAAGUAUAACAUGGCACUCUCUCAGUUAUCGACGGAAAAAGUUGAAUACCGUUAUGGUAGCAUUCUUAUCGACUGCAAGCGGUUGAAAGACACCAUCGUGGAAGAGAUCAAACAAUGGAUCUCCAUUUACGGUAAAGCCAUGCAGAUCAAGUACAAGAGGGAAAUGGACUUCAUCGUCGCUCAAGUCAUGGACUUUGACCGCAAGUUGGACCGUCAAAUAUCAGAUUUGGACGAUAUUCGGAUCAUCAUGGAGACUCAAAAGAAGAUUCGCGACCAGGAGAUCGACAUCGAUAUGAAGAUUGACUUGGUGGAAGAAGCCUUCUCAUUGCUCACCAAGUACGAAAUUCAAUUGACAAAAGAAGAGGCUGAGAAGAUCGAAAACCUCUCCUUCAAUUGGCUUCAGUUACAAGGCAAAGCUAUGGAUGUCCAACUAUUGCUAUUGACCGUGCAGGAGCACUUUCAGAAGGAGCUCAUUGCGAAUCUGCAAGUCUUCCAAAAGGAUUGCAAUUCAUUCGUCUCGGAGUAUCAUGGUAAUGGGCCCAUGCAGCCGGGCCUUAGUCCCAGAGAGGCCUCAGAUCGACUCCAAAUGUUUCAAAACCAUUUUGACGCACUUUGGAGAAAGCAUAAUUCCUACUCCAUUGGAGAGGAUCUAUUUGGCUUGCCUCAUUCCGACCAACCCGAGCUCAACAAGAUCAAGAAGGAACUCAAUCUUCUUCAACGUCUUUACAAGUUGUACAACGAUGUCAUUGACAGUGUGAAUGGGUACCACAGCAUCCCAUGGCAGGACAUUAACAUUGAAGACAUUAACAAUGAGCUGAUGGAAUUUCAAAACCGGUGCAGGAAGCUACCCAAGGCUUUGAAAGAAUGGCCCGCCUUUCAUGCCUUGAAGAAGACCAUUGAUGAUUUCAAUGACAUUUGUCCACUCUUGGAGCUCAUGGCAAACAAGGCUAUGAAAUACAGACAUUGGCAGAAGAUUCAGACUAUCACAGGGUUUACUUUCGAUCUUGAACGACCAGGAUUUUGCCUAAAGGACAUUCUUGAAGCUCCUUUGUUACCCAAUAAAGAGGAUAUUGAAGACGUGUGUAUCUCUGCUUUGAAGGAGAAGGACAUCGAAGCCAAGCUUAGACAAGUGACCUCUGAAUGGUCCACGCAAGAACUCUCGUUUAUGAUCUUCAAGAAUCGUGGCGAACUCCUUUUGCGCGGAGAUACAACUGCUGAAACAGUUGGACUUGUAGAGGAUAGUUUAAUGGUCCUGGGAUCACUUUUGUCCAAUCGAUAUAAUGCGCCUUUUCGGAAGCAGAUUCAAAAGUGGGUUCAAGAUCUGUCCAACACCAAUGAGAUCUUGGAACGUUGGCUCUUGGUUCAGAAUAUGUGGGUCUACCUAGAGGCCGUUUUUGUUGGAGGCGACAUUGCCAAGCAACUGCCCAAAGAGGCAAAACGAUUCUACAAAAUCGACAAGACGUGGCAGAAGAUUAUGACUCGAGCCCAUGAGACUCCUGGUGUUGUCAAUUGUUGCGUUGGAGACGAAUUCUUGAAACAUACCUUACCACACUUGCAGGAGCAGCUUGAGCUAUGUCAAAAGUCUUUGACCGGUUACUUGGAGAAGAAGCGCUUGAUGUUCCCCAGAUUCUUCUUCGUGUCUGAUCCAGCUUUACUGGAGAUCCUUGGGCAAGCCUCUGAUUCCCAUACCAUUCAAGCCCAUUUGUUGUCGAUCUUUGAUAACAUUGGCAGUGUGAGGUUCCAUGAUCAAGAUUACAAUAAAAUAUUGUCAAUCAGCUCAUCGGAAGGCGAGACGAUCAUUCUGGAGCGCCCUGUUCGGGCAGAGGGAAGCGUUGAAGUUUGGCUAAUGAGUCUCCUGCAAGCUUCCCAAGAGUCGGUCCACUGCAUCAUUAGACAGGCCUUCCAUGUCAUCAAUGACACCCAAUUCGACUUCCUUGAGUUCCUAGGUAGAUUUCAAGCUCAAGUAGGAAUCCUAGGAAUCCAAAUGGUGUGGACCAGAGAUUCUGAAACGGCCUUGAUUCAGUCCAGAUCUGAUCGCAAGAUCAUGCAGGAAACCAAUAACAAAUUCCUGGAUGUCCUCAAUACACUUAUUAGUCAAACCACCAAGAACCUGGAACGGAUGGAGCGGACCAAGUUCGAGACCUUGAUUACAGUCCACAUGCACCAAAGGGAUAUCUUUGACAUGCUUUGUCGCUUGAAUAUCAAAUCCAUAAUGGACUUUGAGUGGUUGAAACAGAGCAGGUUCUACUUCAAACAAGAGAUGGAAAAAACCACCAUCAGCAUCACGGAUGUCAACUUUUACUACCAAAAUGAGUACCUAGGAUGCCAAGAGCGUUUGGUCAUCACUCCAUUGACCGAUCGUUGUUACAUAACUUUAGCCCAGGCCUUGGGGAUGUGUAUGGGAGGAUGUCCUGCCGGCCCAGCAGGGACUGGCAAGACCGAAACCGUCAAGGAUAUGGGCAAAUCUCUCGGCAAGUACGUGGUGGUCUUCAAUUGCUCAGAUCAGAUGGACUACCGCGGUCUGGGCAGGAUCUUCAAAGGUCUGGCCCAAUCCGGAGCCUGGGGUUGCUUUGACGAGUUCAAUCGAAUCACCUUACCAGUUUUGUCGGUUGCAGCUCAACAAGUCGCUGUGGUACUGGCUUGUAAGAAGGAGAAGCGUAAACAGUUCAUCUUCACUGAUGGAGAUAGUGUGGAUAUGAAUCCCGAGUUUGGCAUCUUCCUCACCAUGAACCCGACCUAUCAAGGGCGUCAGGAGCUCCCCGAGAAUUUGAAGAUUCAGUUCCGAAAUGUGGCUAUGAUGGUGCCUGACAGGCAGAUCAUCAUUCGGGUCAAGUUGGCCAGUUGUGGUUUCUUGGAGAACAUUACUCUGGCCCGGAAGUUCUUCACCUUGUACAAGUUGUGCGAAGAACAGCUGACCAAACAGGUUCAUUAUGACUUUGGGCUUCGUAACAUUCUGUCGGUUCUCAGAACCUUGGGGGCAACUAAACGGUCCAGUCCCAAGGACUCCGAGGCCACAAUCGUCAUGCGAGUCCUCCGGGACAUGAAUCUUUCUAAGUUGGUUGACGAGGACGAACCCUUAUUCAUAUCGCUUGUCAAUGACCUCUUUCCCACUCUCAGUUUGGAAAAAACAGGCUAUCCGGACCUUGAGGCCGCGCUGACGGAGAAAAUCGAUGAAGCCGAGCUCGUUGACCAUCCACCUUGGACUAUGAAGCUGAUCCAGUUGUACGAAACUCAAAGAGUACGCCAUGGGAUCAUGGUGUUGGGUCCCAGCGGGGCAGGCAAGACCCAAUGUAUUCAAAUGCUCAUGCAAGGCCUCACCGUGACCGGCCAACCCCAUAGGGAAAUGAGACUCAACCCCAAGGCGAUCACAGCAGGUCAAAUGUUUGGUCGUCUGGAUGUGGCCACAAAUGACUGGACGGACGGCAUAUUUUCGGCCUUAUGGCGAAAGACCCUGAAAUGCCGUAAAACUGACAAUAUCUGGUUGGUGCUUGAUGGACCCGUUGACCCUAUGUGGAUCGAGAACUUGAACUCAGUGCUGGAUGACAACAAGACCUUGACCUUGGCCAAUGGUGACCGUCUGCCCAUGAUGCCCAAUUGCAAGUUGAUCUUUGAGCCCCAGAACAUUGACAACGCCUCACCGGCCACAGUGUCGAGGAAUGGCAUGGUUUAUAUGAGCUCGUCUGGCCUUGAUUGGAGCCCAUUAUUGGCUUCGUGGAUCAAGAAGAGAAAGGUCAACAGCGAGGACGCUCGAGAGAUCAAGCAUCUCUUUGAAACGCAUUUCAUUUCUUUGUACAAAUGGUGCUACACAACCCUUACUUUUGUCAUGGAUAUGCUUCAGGUCAAUAUUGUGCAUCAAGUUCUGACCCUUUUGGAAGGUCUGCUACCCUCCAUGCAAAACGAAGAGGAGGACGAUUUAGGAAUGAAGAAGACGCGAGAUCGUCGAGAAGAUGACACUGACGAGGAGGACGAUUCUCAUUUCCCGGGAGAUGAUCGCAAGAAUAAGGAGUACGUGGAUGUCAACAAGACAGCAUACGAACAGAUCUUCAUCUUCUGCCUACUGUGGUCUCUGGGGGCGUUCCUCGAAACCCAUGACCGUAAUCGCUUGGAGAACUACAUGGACAAACAUUCAAAAUUGAAAAUGCCCAAACUGACGGAAGGCGAAUCCAUCUUCAACUUCUUCGUCAACGUUCACAAUGGAGCUUGGACACACUGGGACACAAUGGUGAAGAACUACGCUCCACCUGAGAUCACCCCGCAAUCUUUCAGCACGCUCCUGAUCCCCAAUGUGAGCAGCAUUCGCACGGACUUCCUCAUUGACCUGGUAAUCAAGCAAAAGAAAUCCGUUCUUCUCAUGGGGGAACAGGGCUCGGCCAAGACCACGAUGAUUAACGCUCAUGUGAAGAAAUACAAUCCAGAGAACCAUAUCCUCAUGGGGUCGAAUUUCUCGUCCACCACCACGCCCCAAUUGUUCCAGAAGCAAGUGGAGAGCAACGUUGACAAACGCAUGGGCACGACUUAUGGACCACCGACAGGGAAAAUUAUGACUCUCUUUAUAGACGACGUCAACCUGCCCUCGUACAACGAGUGGGGCGACCAAUGUACCAACGAGCUGCUACGUCAGCUCGUUGAAAUGAAAGGAUUUUACAGCCUCGAGAAGCCUGGUGAAUUUACAACCAUUGUGGACGUCCAGUAUUUGGCAGCUAUGAUCCAACCUGGUGGAGGGCGGAACGAUAUUCCACAAAGGCUCAAGCGGCACUUUAUCAUUUUCAAUUGCACCCUCCCAACAGACGAAGCCAUCGAUAAGAUCUUCCUGACCAUUGCACGCGGGCAUUACAGUGAGGCGCGUGGUUUCCCGGAACCAGUUUGCGCUUUGGCGGACCGACUGGUGCCCUUGACCCGUAUCCUCUGGUCAACCACCAAGACCAAGAUGUUGCCCACUCCGGCCAAGUUCCACUACAUCUUUAACUUGAGAGACCUGAGUCGGAUUUGGUUGGGGAUGAUUGGGACCAUCAACUCCGUGGUGAGCACCGAGCCAGUUCUAAUGCAGUUGUGGCGCCACGAGUGCACUCGUGUCCUGGCGGAUCGGUUUAUUACCGAUGCAGACAAGGAAUGGUUUGACGUGGAGCUACUGAACACCGUGGAACAGGAAUUCAAUGAGGAGGUAGCCGAAGUCAUACGGGAGCCCAAAUUGUUUGUGGAUUUCAUGCGAGAUGCGCCAGAGCCAACCGGGGACGAAGUCGAGGACGCGGACAUGGAACUGCCCAAAAUUUACGAGCCUAUUGAGAGUCUCAAAGCCCUCGAGGAUCGGCUGAAAUUCUUUUUGGAUCAAUAUAACGAGUUUGUCCGAGGCUCGGACAUGGAUCUGGUGUUCUUUCCCGACGCCAUCAUUCAUUUGAUUAAAAUUGCUCGCGUAAUCCGCAACCCUGGGGGAAACAUGAUGCUCGUGGGAGUGGGUGGCUCGGGGAAGCAGUCUCUGACCAAGUUGGCAACUUUUAUUGCCGGGUACAAAACUUUUCAGAUCACUAUGACUCGCUCAUAUAACACUACCAAUUUCCUGGAGGAUCUCAAAGUUUUGUAUCGAACUUGCGGCAUUCAGGGCAAAGGAACCACCUUCCUUUUCACUGACCAAGACAUCAAAGAGGAGGGCUUCCUCGAGUACGUUAAUAACAUCCUGGCAUCGGCGGGCCAAGUGUCCAAUUUGUUCACUCGAGAUGAGCAGGGCGAGAUUGUGACUGAGCUCAUUCCCAUCAUGAAGCGUGAGAGUCCGAAAAUACCGCCCACCCCGGAAAAUGUCAUGCAAUAUUUUGUAGACCGGGUUAGGAACAAUAUGCACGUCGUGCUUUGUUUCAGUCCUGUGGGUGAGAAGUUCCGCAACCGUGCUCUUAAGUUCCCUGGUCUAAUCUCUGGCUGUACGGUGGACUGGUUCCAGCCUUGGCCCAAAGAUGCUUUAGUCUCGGUGGCCCAUCAUUUCUUAGGGGAACACGAGUUCAAGUGCACCACCGAAACCAAACGACAACUCUUCAAGACCAUGGCCCAGGUUCAAGACUCGGUCUCUCAGGCUUGCUUCAACUAUUUUUCCAAAUUCCGCCGUUCCGCCCAUGUGACCCCGAAAUCCUUCCUGUCCUUCAUAAACAGUUAUAAGGAUGUGUACACACGGAAGGAGGAGGAGAUCGGGGAUAUGGCCACUCGCAUGAAUUCGGGUCUGGGCAAAUUACAAGAGGCCUCUCGCUCAGUGGAAAUCCUCAAAGAGGAGCUUAACAUAAUGGAACGGCAUUUACGAGAGGCUAACAAAAAAGCCGAGGAGGUGUUGCUGGAGGUCACCCAGAGAGCCAAGGAGGCCGAGAAGAUUAAGGAGAGCGUCUCCAAAGUCAAAGACAGAGCUGAGCGUAUCGUGAGCCAAAUCGAGCGCGAAAGGGCCAUUGCCGAGGAGAAAUUGGAAGCGGCCAAGCCCGCUCUCCAAGAGGCCGAAGACGCACUGAACACAAUUAAACCGGCAAACAUAGCUACGGUCAGGAAAUUGGGACGACCCCCUCAUCUCAUCAUGAGAAUCAUGGACUGCGUCAUCAUUCUGUUCCGACGGAAACUCACUUUGAUGCAGCCCGAUCCGACGGUUCCAUCGCCCAAGCCCUCUUGGGGCGAGGCCUUGAAAAUUAUGGCCGGCACUUCGUUUCUCAAUCAGCUUCUCAAUUUCCCCAAGGACACGAUCAACGACGAGAUGGUCGAGUUACUCGAGCCAUACUUGACCAUGGAGGACUAUAACAUGACCACGGCCAAGCGAGUUUGUGGUGAUGUGGCGGGCCUGAUGUGUUGGACCAAAGCCAUGGCUUUUUUCUUCGGCGUGAACAAGGAAGUGCUUCCGUUGAAGAUUAAUUUGGCAUUCCAAGAAGCCAGGCUCAAGUCGGCCAACAAUGAUUUACACCGAGCACAAAACACUCUUGUUCAGAAGGAGGAGGAACUGGCCCACGUGAAAAAGCUUUAUUGCGCCGCCGUGAAGGAAAAACAAAAACUUACCGAGGAGACAGAGAUUUGCAAGAGAAAGAUGGGCGCGGCCUCGACCCUCAUCAAUGGUCUGAGUGGCGAGAAAUUGAGAUGGACCAUGCAGAGCAAGGCCUUCAAGGAACAAAUGAUGCGUCUCGUGGGGGAUGUACUCCUCUCAACUGCAUUCCUCUCCUAUUCAGGUCCAUUCAACCAAGAGUUCCGACAAUCUCUGCUUCAAACUUGGAAAGGAUUACUCAAGAAUAGGAACAUUCCAUAUACCAACACUUUGGAUGUGGUGAAUAUGUUGGUGGACACCAUGGAGACCUCGGAAUGGGCCCUCCAAGGUCUACCCAAUGAUGAGCUCUCGCUUCAGAAUGCAGCCAUAGUGACGAAAGCCCAAAGUUAUCCACUUUUGGUCGACCCUCAGGGCCAGGGCAAGAUUUGGAUCAAAACCAAGGAGCAGUACAAUGACUUGCAAGUCACCUCUUUGAAUCACAAGUAUUUUAGGACCCAUUUAGAAGACUCCCUAUCAUUGGGGCGACCCCUUCUGAUCGAGGAUGUCGGCGAAGAGCUCGACCCAAUUCUAGAUAAUCUCCUCGAUAAGAACUUCAUCAAACAAGGUCAUAUCAUGAAAGUGAUGCUCGGAGACAAGGAACUGGAUGUGCUCGAUGGCUUUACCCUUUUCGUCACCACGAAAUUGCCCAAUCCGGCGUACACACCCGAAAUCAGUGCACGAUGUGCUAUUAUUGACUUCACUGUCACUAUGAAAGGACUGGAAGAUCAGCUUCUAGGUAGAGUGAUCCGCAUGGAAAAAUCGGAUCUCGAAUCAGAGCGCAUUCGUCUGGUUGAAGACGUCCUGGAGAAUAAGUCUCAGAUGAAAGAACUGGAGGAUAAUCUGUUGGAAAAACUCACCUCUGUCGAGGGAUCGCUGGUGGAAGAUGAGGGCUUGAUUCACGUUCUGCAAGAGACCAAGAGCACGGCUGAAGAGGUCAGCAAGAAAUUGGCCGUCGCCUCAGACAUGGAGGCCAAAAUCAACACUGCUCGAGAAGAGUAUCGUCCGGUUGCCACUCGGGGCAGCAUUCUCUAUUUCUUGAUCGUGGAACUCAGCAAAGUCAGUGUGAUGUACCAGACAGCUUUGAGACAGUUCUUGGUGCUUUUCGACGGAUCCAUCACCAAAUCCAAGCCCACUCACAUUAUUGAUAAGCGGAUCAACAACAUUCUUGAGUACUUAACCAAGAUCGUGUGGAGAUACACACUCCGAGGCCUGUAUGAGAAGCAUAAAUUCCUCUUCACCCUUCUUCUGGCCUUGAAAAUUGAUCUGAACAACGGCAAGAUCUCCCAUCAAGAGUUUCUUCUUCUCCUCAAAGGUGGCGCUUCGUUGGACUUGAAUGCAGUGAAACCGAAACCCUUCCGCUGGAUGUUGGACAUUAUCUGGUUGAAUCUGGUCGAGCUGAGUAAAUUAGAGAUCUUCAACCAAUUACUCGACAGGGUGACCGAGAACGAAAAGGAAUGGAAGUACUGGUGCGACACCGAAGCUCCCGAAGAGGAGGAUAUCCCAUGCGGUUACCAAAGCACUCUGGACGUGUUCCGGAAAUUGCUCUUGAUUCGUGGCUGGUGCCCUGAUAGGACACUAUCUCAGGCCCGGAAGUAUAUCUUUGACUCCCUUGGGGCUGAGUAUCUCGAGAGCACCGUUCUGGACCUCGAGGCCAUGCUGGAAGAGUCAGACAAUCGAGUUCCACUCAUUUGCCUCUUGUCUACGGGCUCUGAUCCCUCUUCUCAGAUUGAGGCAAUCGCGAAGAAUCGAAUGCAAGAACUGCAUGUCAUGUCCAUGGGUCAAGGUCAAGAGGACGCUGCCAGAAAACUCAUGCAGCUUUCCAUCACGACCGGCCAUUGGUUAUUGCUUCAGAAUUGCCAUUUGUCCUUGGGCUUCUGUGAAGAGGUUAUGCAGACCGUGAUCGAUACCGAGGAAGUUCACAACAGUUUCCGAAUCUGGCUUACUACUGAGGUCAAUCGAAACUUUCCGAUUGGAUUGCUUCAGAUGUCAAUCAAGUUUACGAACGAGCCACCCCAAGGGAUCCGAGCUAGUUUAAAGCGAACGUAUGCGGAUGUCACACAGGAUACGUUGGACUACUCUAAUCAUUCCUCGUGGCCUAUGCUUCUCUAUUCAGUGGCCUUUCUUCAUACCGUGGUUCAGGAACGUCGUAAAUUUGGGGCUCUGGGCUGGAACAUUCCCUAUGAGUUCAAUCAGGCCGACUUUUCCGCUUCCACUCAAUUCAUCAUGAACCACUUGGACGAUUUGGACCCCAAGCGAGGGAUCUCGUGGAACACAGUGUGCUUCAUGCUCGGCGAGGUUCAAUAUGGCGGUCGAGUGACGGAUGACUUUGACAAGCGAUUGCUUUGCACAUUUACCAAUGUCUGGUUCUCGGAUUCGCUCUUGCAACAUGGGUUCAAGUUCUACGAAGGAUAUCCUUUGCCUGAUUACAAAUCGGUUGAGGAAUACACCGAUCACAUCAUUAAUAUGCCAUUGCAGGACAUUCCAGAAGUCUUUGGUCUUCAUUCCAACGCCGACAUCUCGUAUCAGAUUAACACGGCCAAAGCCAUCUUGGACACGAUAUUGAGUGUCCAACCCAAGGAGAGUGGCGGAGGAAAGGCUGGAGAGACCCGUGAGGUGAUUGUGUUCAAGAUCGCGGAAGAUAUGCUCCGGAAGUUGCCUCGCGACUACGUGCCUCAUGAGGUGAAAGACGCCCUAACCCGUUUGGGAGGCCUGCUGCCCAUGAAUAUCUUCUUGCGACAAGAGAUUGAUCGGAUGCAGAAGAUAUUGACAAUCGUUCGACAAACGCUCACCGAUAUGAAACUGGCCAUUGAGGGCACGAUUGUUAUGAGUGACGAUCUCCGGAACACCUUGGACGCCAUGUACGAUGCCCGUCUCCCGGAAAAAUGGGCCAAGAUCUCGUGGCAAUCCACCACCUUGGGCUUUUGGUACACUGAGCUCUUGGAAAGAGACGGCCAAUUCCGACGUUGGUGUUACCAUGGACGACCAAAGGUCUUCUGGGUGACUGGAUUCUUCAAUCCACAAGGAUUUCUCACGGCGAUGAGACAGGAAGUGACCAGGAGCCACAAAGGUUGGGCUUUGGACAGUGUAAUCUGCCAAAACCUGGUCACUCGAUUCGCUAAAGAGGAUAUUCACGACUCGCCCCCCGAAGGCGUUUAUAUUCACGGUUUGUUCUUGGAAGGAGCCAGUUUGGAUCGGAAGACGGGCAAGUUGGUGGAAUCUCGGCCCAAAGUCCUUUACGAACAAAUGCCCGUCAUCUACAUUUACGCCAUCAACACGACAGCCGGGAAGGACUCGAAAUUGUACGAGUGUCCCAUUUACCGCAAGCCCGCGCGCACGGAUCUCAAUUACAUAGGAUCCAUUGAUUUCGAAAGUGAUAUUGGACCUCGACAUUGGACAAUGCGUGGAGUGGCUUUGCUUUGCGACAUCAAAUAGAAAGAACAACAAAUGGAAGAGGAAGAGGAAGAAGAAGACAAAAAGAAGGGAAAGAAAAGGAAAUAUUGUAUAAUAUCGAUAUUCCUUUGCUGCACUUGUGUUCGCUCUUUCUUUGAAGAUGUUCAGGCGUCAUAUGGCGCCACUGGGGUAAGAAAUAUCGGUCUCAUUUCAUAGACAUGAUCAAAUACAAUCUCUUUAGUAUCAAAAUUGAUAAUGUUAGGAGCAAUUACAGUAAAGACCACAAACUCCUCGUGCUUCCGCGCUGAAAUAUAUAUUAGUUUCUAA